AUGGAACAACAUAAUUUGAGUAAGGAAGAAGAAAAGUUACUUUUUGAGUUAAAAACACAGAAAUAUAUUAGAAUUAUGAAACCAGAUAAGGGAGGUGGUGUAUUAUUUGAUAAUGAAGAAUAUAACAAUGCCUUAACUAACAUUCUGUGGGAUUCGAACACACAUACUUCAGUCUCAUACAACGAGAAGUGGCUAGAUGAGUACUUAAUCUGGAACCCUAUGGACUAUGAUGGGCUUACUCAUUUCUCCUUGCCAGUCAGUGAAAUAUGGACUCCCGACAUCACCAUUCAAGAAGUUGUAAAUGAGGUGAAAUCUGGGAAUGUGCCCUACGUCUCCAUAACCUUCUUAGGUUUGGUCAGGCAUUAUCGUCCAUUAAGGAUUGUUGUGGGAUGCAAUGUAGCGAUGUUCAGAUUUCCUUUUGAUACUCAGAACUGCAACCUGACCUUUGGACCUUGGCUGCAUACAGUGAAUGAUGUUAAUGUAUCCCUGGAACGAUCUCCUGAAGAUAUUUUAAGGGACACUCACGUUUUUGUCAGUAAUGGAGAGUGGGAGUUGCUUCCAGUUAAAACCUGGUAUCAUGUGCUGGAGACAGAAGAUGGUCAGUUUGCUAGGCUUACUUUUCAGGUUUCAAUCCGUAGGCACCCCCUCUUCUAUGUAGUGAACCUUAUAGUCCCAAGUGCAUUAGUGAUGGUCAUUGAUAUCACAGGAUUCUUUAUCCCACCAGAGAGCGCAGAGAGGAUUUCCUUCAAAAUGACAUUGCUGUUUGGAUAUACAGUUUUCCUGGUCUUGGUGAAUGACAUCCUUCCCCCAUUCAAGGAUGCCACACCUAUGAUGGGUAUCUAUUUUGUAGUGUGCAUGGCCUUCCUAGUGCUCAGUGUAGCAGAGUCAGUGUUAUUGUUUGCAAUUGUGAAGCCAACACUCCUGCAAGAAGCUCCUCCAGAGUGUAUCUUGAGAUUUGUCUCCCGACUGUGCAGGUCUGCAAACUCAGAAACCAAACUGAUACAGAGCAAGCAAAAGGAAGAGGAUAAUAUUGCAAAGAAAGGUGAGCUGUGA